AUGGAUGACCUGGUACUGGGCAUGGCUCCCUUUGGGAAUGCCUCAACCCACGAGUUUUCGGCGCACGACGAUACCUGUCUCAUUGGAGCAGGCUGUCAAGGCCUUGGUCUCGUUUCUCGCCAAAGCCACCACGACAACGGGGCCACAUUCAGUGCCAUCCCUUACCCGACUUUUAUGGACCUCGCCAGUCACGAUGUCGCGUCUCCUUCUCCUCAGUCGCCCAAUGCUGGCGACACCUUUCCUGAGGCCAACACCGGGAAAAUCCUGUCCAGGAUUCCAUCACCGGGCCCAAGCGAACAGGAUCCAGCGGCGCCCGAGAUAUUGUCGUUAAUGUCAUGCGAUGACGGCCCUCAAAAUGACGGGCUCUUUGACGAAUACGCGCCAUCAGAGCCAGAAAGCAACGCCUCUUGUGAUAGCCAAUGCUCAGGAAGCAAAGGUCCAUGUAGUGCAGGUACCUGUGACUUCGUCACUGCCUGUAGAGACGAGAACUGCACGAGACCUGCUGUUGAACCCGACGUCGCCCAUAGCGCCUUCAUUUUGCAGACUAUGACAAGUGCGAAGGAGACCAGUGCAAACAUUGCGUCUUUUCAAGCCCAGCCGAACCUCUGCGAACACAACAUGGCCGACCAAAGCUAUGGCUUCAACUUCGCCCAAGAGGCAGCCCCCGACUGCCCCGAUCCAGGGGCGCACGAUGUCUUUGCGCAUAUGUUUCAAACACAGAUUCAGGCUCCUGGCUCUCAAGAGCAAUUUGACCAGCACGGCAACCUAGUCCAAGGUGACCCUUUCAAUAUCUGGGCUCUGGGACCCAAUCCUCAUUGCCAUGCGCCUGCUCUCCCAGGAACCCCGGGGCAGAAUGGCAUGAUGAACUUCCAGGGUCAUGCUACCGACAGCGGCAACUUCCCCGGAGAAUGCGGCGUGCCCUUUCAAGACCCAUUACAAGCUUCGCUGCAUAUCCAACAGCAUGCUCAGCAAGGGCAUAAUGUCCCACUCAUGGGCCAAGCCUUACAGUAUGCGCAGAGUAUGCAGCUGCAGCAUCAACAACAGCCCGUCCUAGAUUUCCCCGGCAUGGGAACUGCGCCUGCCUUUCAUCCAUCGAACAAUAACUUCUCUCAACAACCGGUAACGCCUGGUCAGAACGGUGAGCUUUUCGGGUUUAGCAAUGGGCACUUGACGUCGCCAACGAACCAAGACUUCCCCGCUCAAGCAUCUCCAGGCUUUAAAAAGGCCAGUCUUCAGCCAUCGGUGUCGUCCGCUGGCCAGGAAUUGCAAGGUUCCCCGGCCCAGUCCAGUGCAUCGGCCAACAGCCCAGCGCAGGACACCACAGACUUAACGUGCCAGUGGCAUCAUGGAGAUUCGAUGUGCGGGAUGGUUUUCCCAGACGCACACGAACUCGAGAUGCAUGUGCAAACUGAGCACAAGAGCAAAGUCAAACGUCACAUGUUGACCCAUACCCAGUCCAUGCACAUACGUACCCAUACUGGGUAUAAGCCACUUAAGUGUGACAUCUGCAACACGAUGUUCGGCGAGUCAUCAAAUCUCUCCAAGCACCGGAGGACACAUGACAUCGUCGGUCGUCAUCUGUGCCCGGAAGAUUUCUGCGAGAAGAGAUUCCACAGAUUGGAUCAGUGCCGACGGCACCUCGAAACUGUCCAUAAGCGUUCCUCGGAAGAGGCAAGAUCGCUUGUUCGUUCCAUGCCAUCCCGUCGCGGAUCCAGCGCUCCGCAUAGCCAAUCGAGCGCCCGCAGUGACGUUGGAAGCAACAGCGCCUCGAUUCUUCCAGGGCAGCAGGUUUCUCCACCAGUGCAGGCUCCUCAGGUUGGCUUUAUGCCACAAGUCGCUACAGCCGAACAGUACUCCAGCCCAGCUAAUCCAGGCAGCAUGGUAGGAGCAAUGAACUCGCCCUCUCUUCUGCAAUUUGGACAGAUGCCUGCACAAAAUUCUCAGCUCUACGGCACCCAACCCGGCACGGCAUACGGUACACCCAUGGGACAAAACCCUUUCUCAGCUGGUGGUACGAUCCCCAACGGAGCAGCAUACGGUUUCCAGCCAGUUUCAAACUUCGCCGCGCCGGCCUGGUAG